AUGGAUCCAAAUGUAGUGGCCCGGGUUGCAGACGCCUGGGAUCCUGCAAGCUAUCAUCCACCUUCAGCAUACCACUCGGAAGCCUUGGCUGCCAUCGCUGUUGCUUUCCUUGUGCUCACAAUCACAUUCACUUCUCUCCGUUUCUUCGUCAGAGGAUACAUGAUUCGUGCUUUGGGUUGGGACGAUUGGUUGAUCCUACUUGCUCUCAACAGCUUCAUCUGUCAAGCUGCCUUCCUUGUGCACAUUGCAUGGCUGGAGCAGAAUCGCGAUUUGAGGUUGCCGAAACCCCUGUCAGACGCCUUGGAGGUAGGUGUAAAUUAUACAACUUUGAUGGCAUGCACUGACCAUUUCCAGUAUGUUGUUCUUGAGUUUGCCUUCUAUCUUUNNUUUACCAGCUUAGCACUGAAGUUGUCUCUGGCUGUCUUCUUUCUGCGAAUUGUUUUGGCACAGUGGCAGCGCCGCAUCAUCAUCAUCAGCACGGUUAUCUUCUCAGUAUACACCUUCAGCUUCUUCUUUGUCGCCGUGUUCCAAUGUGGUUCUCCGGACAAAUACCUUCUUCACAAGGUUCAGGGAAAAUGCAUCUCCUGGAGUGUUCUUGGUCCCAUGAAUUAUGUCCACGGAGUCAUGAAUGCUUUGACCGAUUGGAUCUUCGUCUCUCUACCAAUCUUGGUUGUUCGCAGGGCGAACAUGAAUGGCAGAGACAAGUGGUCAGUGGUGUUUGUCCUCGUCAUUGGUGUCCUCGGCAGCGUGGCAUCAGUGGUUCGCCUCUUCUACAUCAACGAUCUUCACUCUGGCGACAAGGACGCCACAACCUUCUUCUCGGACGCAUCAGGCAUUGCUAUUCUGAGCACAAUCGAGCCCGGCAUGGGUAUUACAGCAGCAUGUAUGGCAACUCUGAAGCCUCUGUUCAAGACUGUCCUUGGCCGUACUCGCUUCCAUAUCUCAAGCAACUCUGAGAAGAAUAAGCUGUCAAGCGCAGAACGCGGUAUUCCUACUCGUAGUGGGGUCACCUCGCCGCCCCAGUCACCUCGACGAGGAGAGUUUGCGCAGUAUGGCUUUGCUUCGGAGGGCAAGUCUCGCGCGAAAAGCGAACCACAAGUCGAGAUGUACGUUCUCUCGACAAAAACAUCAGCAGUCGGCUCGGACGAGGUCAUGGUCCAAUUCGACACCGUACAAUCCGAAAGACGUGAAUCACAGAGCGAGCUUCUGGCUGAACUGCAACAAGCGAGACAAGCCUACAGUACACGCAUUUGGAGCGGAAGCGACGACAAUUCGACGCCACAACUGAACUUGGUGCUUCCUGACAUUUGA